AGUGGAAAAAUAAUACAUCAAGAGUUCAAGAAAACAAGACACAUCUCUGAUAUACUAUCCAGCAGAAACACUCAGUUUGCUGUUCGGAGCACAUUUCCUGAGAGUUCCAGUGUUCUCUGAGAAACGAUGGCGUUGUGGACUCUCUAUCUGUCUCUCGGUCUUCUGGUCGCUUUGAAUGCUUCAGUGGAAACGCGUCCUGUUGAAAAGAAUAAACAUUGCAACACCUGUCGGGAAGGAUGGUCUGCCUUUGGAUGCAGAUGCUUCAAGUUUUUCAGUAUCCUUCAAACAUGGUCUAGAGCUGAGAAAUUCUGUUUGUACAAUAAUGGGAACCUUGCUUCUGUACACAGCCAUGAUGAGUACAUGUUUAUACAGAGGAUGAUUAGACAAACAACUCAUGCCACACCAUAUACCUGGAUCGGAGGCCAUGAUGCUCCUGAGGAGGGAAUAUGGCUCUGGAGUGAUGGAACCCAAAUGAACUAUCAAAUAUGGUUGCCUGGAGAACCCAAUAAUGAAAGCAAUGAGCACUGCCUUGAGAUGAACUCUGUCUGUAAGUAA